UUACUGCAGCAUGGUCACAGUACCUGAUUUGGUUUGCUGUAUAGUUGCAUAGUUUUUCUUUGAACAUGAUGGAAUUCUAAUAACAUCAUUAUUGCCUCCACUCAUUCACAUCUUACUCCAGUGCUCACAGAUUAAGCUGAUUCGGCAGGUCACUAGAAUGUCUCCAUUUUUUCUGUUCCAUUGUUUGCACACUCAAUGCAUGAUUUUCCACACCACACCCCCCCCAAGACUUCCUUAAAAGUCAAGGGGAAUUCUGUGUUAUUACAGAAAAAGAGGUUUAACUUCAAGAUUUUGCAUGCUCUAUUUAACUUAAGGCCUGUAAAUCUUUUCUAAUUAGCAAGCUAAGCAAAUGCUUGGGUUCAUUCCAAUUCUAGUGAAUGCAGUCAGCUGCAGGCUAUUUUAGCAUUGCUAAUACUUACUGAUAUGCGUGUCUGUGUUUGCAUCUGGGCCUGUAUAUCUGUGUGUAUAUCAGUAACUAAAAUAAACAUACAGUACCAGUAAGUUCAUAGGAAGAGCAGUAGUCAAAAUGAAGUUUAAAUCACAAUUUAUACUUUCUUUUAAUCUUAGCAUUUAAGCUUGCUAAAUAUAAUAUACUAUACAUAAUCUUGUAGAAACAAAAAGGUGAAGCUAACUGCUGUAGUGAUGUAUGUUUCCAGUAUCUCAAUCAGGAAUUGGACCCAUCUUUGUAUCAGUGAAGAACUUCAGUCUGCUACAGUGAUGAGAUUGCUAAAUGAAACAAACUUCAGGUACAAUAACAUUGUGUUAGGCUUUGUAAGAAAUUUAAUAUGGUGCCAGCAAAGAGGUUUAAUUCCUGUUGAACUUGUGGACUUAGUCUUGUUGACUUACAGGCUGCUUACAUGUUUAAUAAGCAAGUGCUGAAGUUGAUUCAUGUGUUAAAGUAGCAGUCAGGCUAAGGGCUUCAUGUUGGAGGUAAGCUGAGACCAAAGAGCACAGUCAGCAGUCUCUUGUCUCUCUUUUUCUUUUUUCCCCUGCCCUUUUUCAUUUGGGAUUGGAUUGAAGGAUAAAUGGACCUUAAAGAAUAAUGCUUUGAACAGCAGCCUUCCAGCCAGAGCCUGCACCAGGAACAUGUGCUUCUGAGAAGGCCAGCAUUGCUAGUCACUGAAUUGCAAGGAAAAAUGUUAUUGUGUUCAAAGCCAGUAAAAUAUGGCUCUAAUUAAAGACAGAAAUUGUAAUGUCCGUGAAUAGCUGUGACUAUUGCAGGGCAAUAUUUGCCUUCCUGCAGGUGACUGCUAUGAAUUCUUCUACGCUUAUAGCUCUGCAUAUUUUAACAGAUGCUUACAGAGCAGUUUGUGUAUUUUCCAGAUCAAUUGGUAUUACCUUAAAGAUCAUGGAGCAUCAGAAAUCUCUUAUACAAUCUAGAUUUUCCUAAAGAAAUCUGUUGCAAAGAUGUGGCUUUCAUUGUUAGAGGAUGCUUUUAAGGAUUUUUAAAUAAUUUUUUUAGUGCACAUAUGUAUGUGUGUGGAAACACCCAAUUUUCUUCUGAUUCUGGAUUUCAAAUGUGUUUCAUAGAACCCAGAAGGUUGUCUCUUCUCUGUCAAUAUUUGUGACUGGUUAAUUAUCAACCCUUUGACCUUCUGGCUGUUCCUGGUGUACAUCCAAAUCUCUGUCCUGUCUUUCCCUAAAAAAAAAUAAAGCAAAAAAGUGAGUAUAAUUGCAUGGCUCUGUGUACAGUGAACGCAUUCUGGAUCCUGUGGGUUUGGGAAAUGAUCUGUGUAGCAAAGAGGAAUGUGCUGUCAAAUCCUCAUAAAUUAUUUAGCCUGGGAAGGUAAUGCGCAGAAACAGAGACUUCUAUCUUGUAACUUUUACUACCAGGAAGUCAGCAGGAAGGCAAGAGUAUUCUGAAUGCACACUAAAAUGGAAAGCAGUUCCUCACUUGUGAUGUUUCUCCUACUGAUGUGUUCCAUCAACAGCAGCUGUACAUAUGCAUAUUCAGUGUUCAUGAGGAAGAAUGAAGCACACGAGGUGCUCAAAGUCCAUAAACGCGCCAAUUAUUUUCUAGAAGAGAUUUGUCCAGGGAACUUGGAGAGAGAGUGCAAUGAGGAGAAGUGUUCCUUUGAGGAGGCCAGGGAGAUCUUCCACUCGCAGGAGAAAACAAUGGAGUUUUGGUUCAGUUACAAAGGUUUAAAUCCAUGUAAUACAAAUCCCUGUAACAAUGGUGGAGUCUGCAAAAUAAGACACUACAAUUACUACUGCAUCUGUCCCCCAAGAUUUGGAGGAGACAGCUGCGAAAAAGAGAAGUUUGAGUGCUGGUACAAGAACGGCGGGUGCUGGCAGUACUGCAGGGACAGCAGCAGCGCCUUUCACGUGGUGUGUUCCUGUGCAAAGGAUUACACCCUGCAUGAGGAUGGGAAGAGAUGUGUGCAAGCAGCACCAUUUCCGUGUGGCCUGAUUAAAGCCAGGAGUGCUCUGGAGGAAGAGUGGCUGAGGCUAGAAAGGCUCCCGAGGGGACUACAUGAGCACGGGGAUGAUGAAGCCAAGAGGAACGAGAGCACAGAGGGCACAGUUAUGCAAAUGGAGCUGAAACAAAGUGCUGCUGGGGAAAAUGAGACCUUAAAGGAUGGCUUUGGGCAGAGCAUGCACACAGAGGGUGACACAGGACAAGCAGAGGUGGCAGGGAACAAAACCCUGGUGGACUCUGUGACACAGAAGCCACUGGGGGCUGGUUUCUCUGCACACAGUGAGGCAGUGGCAGGCACUGCCAGGCCUGGCGAGCCCGGGGUAAGCCUGGCUCUGUGGCCUGAGGCCACCCAGGGCCCUGUGUGGCAGGAGGAGAUCACAGAGCCUGCUACCAGGCAGGAAGUGGUGGAAAAUGCCAUCCAAACAGCAUGGACUGGGCUUCAUCGGGGCAGUGACUGGGAACGUGUUUCAGACACGCCUCAGUUUGUCCAGAUAAACGUCAGCUCUAAUUUACAGCACAACGGCUCCAGGAUAACGGGAGGAACUUUGUGUCAUCGUGGACACUGCCCCUGGCAGGUUUUAAUCCGGAAUAGCAAAGACAUUGGUUUCUGUGGAGGGAGUUUAAUCAGCAGCCGCUGGGUGGUCACGGCUGCUCACUGCCUUGAUCUCGUCAGGCCACACCACGUCACCAUAGGAGACUUUGACAAGUAUCAAAGAGAGUUUAAAGAACAGAAGAUUAAUGUGGAACGGAGCUGGACACAUCCACAUUAUGAUUCCAAUAACUACAACAGCGACAUCGCCUUGUUGUACCUGAGCAGUGCUGUUGUUUUCAAUGAGUAUGCCAUUCCCAUCUGCCUUCCGAGCCCCAGCCUUGCCACCCUGCUAUCCGAAGAAGGAAGAAUAGGGAUGGUAAGCGGCUGGGGCGCCACUCACAACAGAGGUUCAACUCUGCGCUUCCUCAUGAAGGUCCGGCUGCCCAUUGUAAACAUGGAGACCUGCCAGAGGUCAAUGGACAGGCUUGUUACUGAUAACAUGUUCUGUGCAGGGCACCACACUGAAGUGGCAGAUGCCUGCAAAGGCGACAGUGGUGGCCCUUUCACAGUGUCUCACCACAACACCUGGUUUCUCUUGGGGAUUGUAAGCUGGGGAGAGGGCUGUGCUGAGAAAGGGAAAUACGGCGUGUAUACCAGAGUGUCCAACUACAUCCCCUGGAUUAAAGAGGUUGUUGAGAGUGUAGCAGAUUCUGAGAGCUUUUCCAUUAACUUUUCUUAAUACUGUCCUUGAAAUCAAGAACAAUUCUAUGAUUAUGUUUCAGUUUCAGACACUACACAUUUCCUGGCCUUAAUGGUGUAAAAACAAGGUUAUCUUUAAAGAAAUGUUAAGUCUGUUUACCAUAAAUGGUUAAAUUCUUCAUUUGAGUAUUACUAAAAUACUUGUUAUAAUAAAUAACUAUUCUACAAAGAGCAAA